CCAAAUUGACCCGACAUCGACCUAACUCAUUGCAUCACUCCACCAGAACCACCAGAAUAACUAAAACCACCCACGCGAUCAGCAGCGCACCCAGCCAAGGCCUUUACUUUCUACAUUCAACCCUCUUCGACAACUCUCAAUACCUACAACUGCAUAACAUAAUCAACUAUACCUAGUACCUCAUCAUGGCUGACGCGCCAAAUGCGAACGAUGAGCUUUACCCCAUCGCUGUUCUCAUUGACGAAUUGAAGCACGACGAUGUUCUUCUCCGACUAAAUGCCAUCCAUCGUCUCUCGACAAUUGCGCUAGCUCUAGGUGCCGAGCGCACCCGUGAUGAACUCAUUCCCUUUUUAGAUGAGUCGGUCGAAGAUGAGGAUGAGGUCCUCGUUGCUCUAAGCGAAGAGCUGGGCAGCUUCAUCGAAUACGUCGGUGGCCCUCAAUAUGGCCAUGUCCUUCUCUCCCCCCUCGAGAACCUAGCAGCCAUCGAAGAGCCCGUCGUCCGGGAUAAGGCUGUCGAGUCCCUGAACAAGAUCUGCAUCGAGCUUUCUCCACAGCAAGUCGAAGAAUAUUUCAUCCCAUUAACCAACCGACUUUCCAAGGCAGACUGGUUCACUUCCAAAGUUUCAGGAUGCGGCCUCUACACAAGUCCGUACAGCAAGGUAUCUCCUCCAGUUCAGGAGCAACUUCGCCAGCAGUUUGGUCUUCUGGUUCACGAUGAGACGCCCAUGGUUCGGAGACAGUCUGCUACUCACAUGGCCAAAUUCGUGAAGGAAAUGCCCGCGGCUAUCGUCGUCGACGAAAUGAUACCCCUCUUCCAGCAUCUUGCGCAAGACGAUCAGGACAGCGUGCGAUUACUGACGGUAGAAAUCCUUAUCUCCAUUGCUGAAGUGGUCCCCAAAGAACAACAGGGUAGCCACGGUGUCUUGCUCACAUCGUUGCGAAACCUAAUAGAAGAUAAGAGCUGGAGGGUCCGAUACAUGAUUGCCGAUAGAUUUGAGAAGAUUGCAAAAGCUGUAGACGAAGAGGUGGUCUCGCGAGAUCUAGUGCCUGCAUUUGUCAAGUUGUUGAAAGACAAUGAAGCCGAAGUUCGAACCGCUAUCGCCGGCCAGAUCCCCGGCUUCUGCGGCCUGCUUGAUAGGACUACACUUCUCAAUGACAUUAUGAGUCCCAUCGAGGACCUUGUCUCUGAUACCUCCCAGCAUGUUCGCGCUGCUCUCGGCACUCAGAUCAGCGGUCUUGCGCCAAUCCUGGGCAAGCAAGAGACCAUUGAUCACCUUCUUCCUAUGUUCUUGCAGAUGUUGAAGGAUGAAUUCCCCGAAGUCCGCCUCCACAUUAUCUCCAAGCUCGAGCUGGUCAACCAAGUCAUCGGUAUCGAUUUACUCUCACAGUCCCUUUUACCCGCGAUCGUGCAGCUUGCAGAAGAUAAGCAAUGGAGAGUGAGACUCGCUAUAAUCGAAUAUAUCCCGCUCCUUGCUAGCCAACUGGGUGUCAAGUUCUUCGAUGAAAAGUUGAGUUCGUUGUGCAUGGGAUGGCUAGGAGAUACUGUCUUCUCCAUUCGCGAAGCGGCGACUCACAAUCUGAAGAAGCUUACUGAAGUAUUUGGAGUUGAGUGGGCAAGCGAAGCGAUCAUUCCAAAAGUGAUGGCUAUGGGCUCCCACCCGAACUAUCUAUAUCGAAUGACGACUUGCUUCGCGAUAUCUACUUUGGCUACUGUUGUCAGCCUAGAUGUCAUUGGAAAAUCCAUUCUUCCUAUGCUGGAAAAGCUCGUCGAUGAUGAGAUUCCGAACAUCCGUUUCAACGUGGCGAAGACGUAUGCUGUACUUAUCGACGUCUUAAAACGUCUUCCUGACGAAGGCACUAUCUAUAGCUUGGAGAAGGCCGGGACGACGAGUACUACACCAUCCCCUCACGCUUCCGAGCUCAUCCAGCAGCGUAUCUUCCCCAGCUUAGAGAAGUUACAGAAGGACGAUGACGUUGACGUGCGUUAUUUUGCAACGACAGCAGUAGCAGGCAUUCCCGGAAUGGGUGGUGAGCCCAUGAACACGUCGCCGUAGAUAGGAGGAAACUGAAGAGAAAUCUUCAUAACAUGCGGCUAUGUAUUAGAGCGUUCUAGCUGCAGUCUCUCGCGAGAUAGCCAUCCCGAAAAUGUCCAGUCGUCAGUCCGUAUCAACAGAGGUCCUCCAGAGCCUAGUUAUUGAGGAUCCUUAAGAGUAAUACAAAGACGUAUGGGGUAGGCACAGCACACGGUUGUCAUGCAUUUUUAAGGGGUUCGUAUUCAUGCGUGGCACUGGAUCCCCAUUGGGCUUCCAAGUCGUGCAGGCUUCUAUUAGGUGAAUGACC